AUGUCUUACCAAAUGCCCCCAAGAGACACAUCACCACAUCCAACAUUCAGACUCCACACCCCAGCAGUUGACUUUAUCGAGAACCGACUACCAGAAUACCAUGAAGCUUUCGAUGUCCGAAGGGUCCGCUACGAUGCCAGCCAAGGCCAGUUUGUCGCGCUUAUUCCGUCGCAGAGCCUGAUGGUCCCUGAUGCCUCACCUCCCACUCAGCCCAGACCAACGCCAGCUCCUGUGGCCGACAUGCAAUUCUGGGAUGAGAUAUUUCCCAGCGCCAUGGAACUCUUGAAGAACGAGACUCCCACUCAGACCAAGUACAGUGAAGAAUGGGGCAUACGACACUUGACGAAGUGGCAGGAGGUUGAAGCCAAGCUAGAAAAGGCUCGUCAAGUUUACGACUUUGAAACAGGGUCACAAAACGUCGGCAAGGUCAGGAGGAAAGUGAGAAACCUAAUGGAUGAUUACCACGUUAUCGCACAGCAAGCAACUAAGCUGGUUCCCAACUCUGAGAUUGCAACGCCCAUCGUUGGCGUCAUCAACCUCAUGGUGGAUGCCUAUAGCAAAGCAUCCCAAGUCCGACAGGAGGUCAACUCGAGCCUUGAAGAGUUGCCGGACUCGUUUUCCAAGAUGGACAUGUAUCUUCAGUCUUACCCGAAAGACGCCAACAUUAUCAAAGCCUCCACCGAUCUCGUGCUGGCCAUCUUCAAGGCCAUUGAGAACUCCAUCAAGUUUUACACCAGCAUUCAAGGCGAGGAAACCAAGAGAGCCGGGGUCGCAAUCCUCACAGGCCCGCAGUACCAAGCAAUCCUCGUCAAGAGUCUAACAGAGAUGAAGAGCUGCUGCAGUGAGUUGGAGAAUCAAGCACGAAUGUCUUUUGAUCACCGCAUGAUAGGCGACAACGAUCGCAUGUUCAGAGACCUUUCAACAAUCAUGCAGAGAAACACAGUAACAAACAUGGGUCUCGGUGCAAUUCUCCGCGAACAGCAAGCCCAGACAGCAGGCGUGCUUUGGAUGCAGGACAUGUUCAACUGUGUCCUAUCCAUCUUGAGUGAUAGAGAGAGAAACUGGCAACCAUAUUCUCCCGUUCCAUCAAGACCCGUAACUCCCCAGUCUAUCCAGAUGACAGAGCUCACACCUCGAGAACUAUGGUCUCGUCUCGGGAUCCCCAAUUUUGACGAGACAGACCUACAACACAUGGCAUCUCGCGCAGAAGAAAUGUUUCAUCAAGAUCAGGGUCGAGCUCAGCAAGUGGUCACAACGCAACUAUUCCGCAACUGGCUCGGUAGCCCUAACUCUUCCAAGCUCCUCGUACACGGCGACUUUAGAACCGCGGGAGACGUAUCCCCUUUCUCCACGCUCUGUGCCGUUCUCGCACACACAUUCAGAGAGUCUGGUCGGUACAUCAGCCUCGUCUUCUUCUGCGGUCGUCACCUCGCUUGGGAUGAACAUCACGGUGGCGCUGUCAUGAUACGGUCUCUCAUCGCUCAACUACUCCGUCAGUUCCCAGGACAGUACUUUCAACCUGAUGCCCAGAUGUUGAUGCAGAAUAUGGAUCUCAGGAGUGUUGAAUCCUUAUGCAGUCUCUUUACCCAUCUCCUCGGGCAAAUACCACCGACACCAGUUAUGUGCAUCAUCGACAGCGUCAACCUCUACGAGACAGAUGAUUACCUGGAUGACCUAGCGAGCGUGAUAUUGAGUCUAGUCAGCUUAGUGGAUGAUGGAAAUCGAGGCGGAAGACCCCCAUUCAAGCUACUUCUUACCAGUCCGCGACCUACUGUCGAAUCUACCUUGGAUCGGGAGUAA